AUGCAAAUUGUGUCAGAAGAGACUGGAGUUGCUCUCGAUGAUCUAGCAGAUGACUGCUUAUUUGCCAACAUAGGCGUGGACUCUCUUCUAUCAAUGGUUAUACCUAGUCGCUUCCGCGAAGAGCUCAACUUAGACCUUGAUCUCGAGUUUUCUAUUUUUAUUGACUUGCCCGCGGUGAAAAACUUGAAGGACUUUCUUAGUUCUCAAGGAGAAGAGGCAGCACGGUCCUAUACCGCAGUAGCCGUCCCAAGCUCUGUUGAGGCUACCCCGUCUGCACUCACUAUUCCUGAGCGUUCUAUUAUCACGUCCGAAUAG